CAGCCAUGGCGGAGGCUCUGGUUUACGUGAUUAGCAGGGACUAUUGUCCGGUGGUACUUCUCAAAAGAUCAUUCGCCUCCUAGACAAAGUAUAAGGAACUCCUCAAGAAAAACAAGCUUGUGAGGGGUCCAGAAGUUUGGCGUGCAGAUGUUGUGGUCAUUAUGUUAUUGCGUCUGGUUGAUUUCUACGAUGUACUUGGUAAAGUCUCUCUCUCACUGGCAGUGGAGGAUGUACGUAGCUGGUGGGUUUUCCUUGAUUGACCAACAAUGAAACUGAACUUGGCUAUUGGCCAAUUUGGAUUCUAGUUCAGUUAAAGUUGAUGUAGGGAAUGUGUUGCAUCUCUUCAUCAGUCUUUCAUGCUGGAUUUACAGUUGGCCGGAGGGGGUUGCAUAGCAUUGAGAUGCAGCUUAAAACUUAAGCCCGUGACUCUUGAACGCACCCAUUCAGAAUGGAGUUGGAUCUUCUGAGAUGAAUGGAGCAACACAAUUUAGGUCGGUUUGACUUGGAUGAUGCAUGGGGAUUGUCUUACACGAAUGGAGAAUGUUUGGCAUUGUCUGCAAAAGUGCAAAUGCCAUCUCGAGCUCUUUUAUGGCAGCACAAUAUCCAUGUGGAGUAGUUGUCCUGUAAUGAUCAUGUACUUGAUGCCCAAGUCUCGGUGGAUCAAAGCCAGGUUCUUUAUUUAAGCAGCAUUGGAACCGGCUAGGAACUGUAUAUCUGAGAAGAACAAUUAGGACCAAGUCCGUUGGAUCCAAUAGCUUCAGAAGAUGAAUCUCCAACGGCACUUCCAAGCACUAUGGAGAGCCGACCUUCCUAAAGUGCUGCUUCAAGGAAUCGAUGGCAGACUUGAGAAACACAGGAUUCAUUCUCUUCCAUCAAAAUGUUUGCAAAUUGUGUGCACCUUCUACGCAGCGCAACACAGUAUGAGGGAUGCCGGAUCCGACAAAUCAUUAAUUGAUUGAACGUGGCUCAUAAUGGAAGUGUGUGGGUUAAUCGUGCUCGAUGACCAUUGAUGCGACACUAAGAGAGAGACGGAUCCCAACUCCCAUGAACUUAAAGUUCUGCACAUGCAAAUCUCGGAGGCUCUCUGCUGUGGGCAGAGAGGCUCAGGAACGCAGGGAACGAAAGAGGUGAGACGAGACCUGAGCGGAUCAUCAUAAUUUGAUAUUCUUAUCUUGUCCCUGACUCCCUGGUGGCUCCAAUUUUGGACGAACGUCACUAGGAUGGUGUCAUGGUGGCGAUCUCCCAACCACGUUACGUGAUUGUUUACAGUAGGAGUGAGGGACCUAUCAUGUCGUGGCUUCGUGGGUCCCAAUUCCCCAACUCCCUGCUCCCUACUCCCUACUCCCUACUCCCUACUCCCUCUCCACUCCUUCGAACCCAUAAAUUUGUCUCUGAUGUUAGGUUGGUAAGAUUACUAUCAAUAUGAUUCCAUGGCUCUUCAUAAAGGAAGGAAGUUGCAUGAGGAAUUAAAAAAAUACUUUUGACGAAGACGGUAACACGUUCAAAGCAGCGACGGUUCUCCAGGAAAUUUGACCGCUUGACCAAUCAGGAAAACGCGGGUUUCGGACAUGUGGGAAGCAAUUCUGCAACUACCCAUUUACAUAUUAACUGAAGCCAUGAAUGGGUCGGUUGUAAUCUCUGUAACAGAAAACCCCACAAAGCGGGAUGGAACAAGAACUGAUUUAACAGAAGCGGCGAUGGAUGCAGAACGGGUUUGUUCUUCUCAACUCAAACACACAUAACCAUCGUAUACCAUAAGCAAAUUGUUUCACUUCGGGAUUUGGUCGGAGGAAGAACGGAUGGAGAAAGAGAGGUCCUUGUCCGACAGCCCUUCAUGGGCGGUGGCAAUAGUCAUAACCGUCAUGGUUACCGUUUGUUUUUUCGUUAGCAACUCCUUGAAAUGGUUUGGCAAGUGGUUGGAUACGACCAAGAAGAAAGCACUCCUUUCUGCUUUAGAAAAGAUCAAGGAUGAGCUAAUGCUUUUUGGGCUCCUGUCACUGUUGAUGAGUCAUUGGACGUUUUGGGUGGCUAAAAUUUGUGUCAAACACUCGGCCUUGAGCAGCCGAUUCUAUCCAUGUCCAGAGAAAGAGUACAGUGGUGAGGCAAAACUUCUAAAACACAUACUCAUUGGAAGCAUACAUUCGUUGAAUCACUCAGUCAUCCAAAAGCAGGAAAAGAUCCACGGGCAUGAUUACUGCCCUGAGGGCCUUGAACCAUUUGCUUCAUAUGAAAGCCUGGAGCAGCUUCAUCGUCUAUUGUUUGUUCUAGCUGUUACCCAUGUUUCUUACAGCUUUAUCACCAUUGCUCUGGCAAUGCUGAAGAUUAAUAGCUGGAGGAAAUGGGAAAAUGAAGCAAAGUCGAUGGCUAAUGAGUCACGAGGGUCCUCAGGGAUUACUACAGGAAAUAGUGGAAUUUUGUGCAUGUCUACUGUCAUUUUCCACCACACCUCCCAUCCAUGGAGCAAGCAUAAAUAUCGCAUUUGGAUGCUAUGUUUCUUCCGCCAAUUCUGGACUUCUAUAAAUAAAUCUGAGUACAUGGCGCUGCGCUUGGGCUUCCUUGGUAAUCACAGACUUCAUAUGUCCUAUGAUUUCCACAGUUAUAUGCUUCGUAGCAUGGAGGAUGAGUUUCGUGAUAUCGUAGGUAUCAGUGUGCCUCUCUGGGUUUAUGCCAUUUUAUGCAUUUUUCUGGACUUUCAUGGAGCUGUUUCUUACUUUUGGCUUUCUUUCACUCCUGUCAUUUUCAUCCUGCUAGUUGGUACAAAGAUGCAUCAUAUAGUGGUAAAGUUGGCUAUUGAAAUCACGGAUGCAACUCCUUGUUUUGGAAGUCCGUUUAACCUGACAGAUGAGCUUUUCUGGUUUGGGAGGCCUGAAUUUAUGCUACAAGUUAUACAACUAAUUUUAUUUCAGACUGCAUUUGAGAUGGCAACAUUUCUUUGGUCACUGUGGGAAAUUAGAGAACCUUCCUGCUUUAUGGACAAUCGUGUGCACCUUGUUAUCCGCUUGACUUCUGGGGUCAUUUUCCAGUCCUGGUGCAGUUAUGUUGCACUUCCACUAUAUGUUAUUAUUACACAGAUGGGGUCAAGGUUUAGGAAAACAGUGGUUUCAGAAGAUGUCAGAAUAUCACUUCAUGGGUGGAGUACAAGGGUGAAGGAGAAGUUAAGUCAGAAUCGUUCUCCUUCUAUUGUGUCUACAAGAUCUACCAUGUCUACAAGAUCAACCACCUCUUCGAAUUCCGUGCUGGAUGCAAAUGAUGAAACCGCCUUGAUUAGCAGGGCAGGAAGCUCCAAAAGAAUCAGGAAAAUCUGAAGCUCAUAUGAAGCAGUCUUUGGAAGCGGAUCAGAUUUAUAAAUUAUAAACAACCUCCAAGUGAUGGUUUUUUUACCGAUUUCUUUUACAUUUUCUCCUCAAUGUGAAAGAUAUAAUGCCUAAAAUGUUGAAACAAAUACCGAUCCUUAUUUCCACCUCUAGUUGACCCCUUUAGUUUAUUCUGUCUUUACUUUUCUGUUAACAGGGCAGGGCAGUCUCAACUCAUUUCGCCCUGUAAUUUUUCAAAGUAAUGGGUUUUUUUACCUUGUCCAGCUACUUUGUACCCCAACAAUCACAGGUUUUUUGUUUUUGUUGUGUACUAUGUGAACGCUGCAGUAAAGCUGUUCUAUGUGAUUUUAUGGAUUUCUUUCCAUUUGUAGAAAAAAAAAAUUGAAGGGAAAAUAAAAGGAAGUUCUUUAACUGAUUUGAGAUUGAACAAGUAUUUUGAAACUCAUGAAAAUAAAGAAGGUUGAACCCUCCUUACCGCUUUGAGUAACAGUGACUGGUCACAUUGUUCAUGUUGUCCACUCUUUUCCUGUGCUUAUAAGGUAUUCAUCUAAAUUUCUUUGUUAACUUUUGGCUUUUAACUGAUUAGUCCAUUUUUUAAGUUUCUUCAAGCAAUAAGAGCUUCCGUUUUCUCGUGCAGCACAACUAUAUUCACUGGAAAUAGAGGAAAAGGUAUUGGAGCAGUGGAUUGGUCUUUCAAUUUUGGUGCAGGUUGCAAUGCAGACCUUGAACUGGCUAUUUUCCUUGGUGUCUUUAAAGACAAGGGAGCAAUACAAGUCUGCCAAAGGGAUUGCUGAGAAAUCUGCAAGACAAGGAAAAAGAGGCUAGCUAUUGAAUUCACACGAUGCAACUAUGACUGAGAAUGUGUACGGUUUCUAGUUGGUUUUAUAGUACCUAUACUAUCAUCAUUAUACCGAUGGCGGUGAGAAUAGUAUCAUUCACAUGGGGUCCACAUGGUCAGAUCAGGGAGAGAAAUAAAAGAACACCAUCAUGUCUGAGAGAAAUCAUACUAUGGUGAUGUCGUGAUUCUUUUCCCUGUGUGAAAACUGUUAACAGUAAGAAAAAGAAAAAGAAAAUUUGAUAUAA